AUGGGUACUCCUGCUGAUUCUACUGAGGUCCUUCCCUCAGCUUCUAUCACUUCUAAUGCUGCUACAGUUGCAGCACCUGUAGGAGCUGGAACAGUGGAUUCAGCACAUCCUUACUAUCUUCAUCCUUCUGAUUAUCCAUGGAUGAAUCUUGUUUCCUCACCCUUUGAUGGAAGAGCUUAUGGAGGAUGGAGAAGGGCAGUGGUGAUUGCUCUCUCAGCAAAAAACAAGCUGGGCUUCAUCGAUGGAUCUUUGGCUGUUCCUGAGGCAGAUUCUGGACUCCAAAGAGCAUGGGCUAGAUGUAAUGAUAUGGUGCUCUCUUGGCUGCUCAAUUCCCUUUCCAAAGAAAUAGCUGAAAGUGUUCUAUAUUCCCAAAGUGCAAAGGACCUGUGGAGUGACCUAGAAGACAGAUUUGGUCAGACAAAUGGUGCCAAGCUAUUUCAAUUGCAAAAGGAAUUAAGUGCUGUAACUCAAGGUAACUCCAGUGUAUCAAGUUAUUUCACUAAGAUAAAAAGCCUAUGGGGUGAACUAGAUGCACUCAACACCUUCUCUGCUUGCAUUUGUGACUGUGAUUGUGGUGCUAAGGCUAAUAGUUUGAAGGCUCAUCAGGAUGAGAGAUUAUAA